UAUCCUGCGUGUGUGAUAUCACGGCGAGUCCCUCAGCGCACUGAGUCCCACGUGUUACUGAAGUUAUUGAUGGCAACAGUGGGCGCAUAAUAACUGGUCCGGCUCAACGAAACGUUCAGUCACUGAUUGCCCGCAACGCAGAGCGCGUGUCGUUGUCAAUGCGAAGCCGGUAUUGCGCGGGAGCUUAUACGAUAAACAUUUUAUUAUCUAGUUUACAAUAGUUCGAUAUAAACUGGACCUUUGAUUGUGAGUUACAGUGUGUAUCCUAAAGAUUUGGAUAGUCACAGUUCUAAAGACUGAAAGUGAAACUAAAAUACCGCCGAGUGCAGAAGAAGAACAUGCUGACUAGGUUGCUGACCCUAGCACUGGUGGCGGCGAGCUGGCACGCUAUCGACGCCUGCACCUGCUCUCUCGACCACCCACAGACACACUUUUGCAAAAGUGAUUUUGUGAUCGUUGGUAGAGUACAGAAAUUAUUCAAGGGAAGUGAUUUCUAUGAUGCGUACAAAGUUAAAAUCAGAAAUGUUUUUAAAGCAACCCCGAAGGCAGCAUUAGCGCUUAAAGCUGGGCGAAUAUUAACGCCUUCACAAGAUUCCUUGUGUGGAGUCGCACUUCAGCCUCGAGAAACAUAUAUCAUAACAGGCCGCAUCGUGCACCUGCAGGCACACAUACACCUCUGCGGUUACGUCAGUAAAUGGCGCGAAGUUACUCCACGACAACGGAAAGGAUUCAGACUGCUCUAUAAACAAGGCUGCACGUGCAAGGUUCACGUAAACCGACGCAGUACGAAGUCGCCUAACACUUGCGUGACGGGCUACGACGAAUGCUACGACCGACACGGCAUCUGCCUGCACGACCGCGAACGGCGCUGCCGUUGGACCAGGGCCCCGGCUCUCACGAGAUGUCUGCAGAAACAACACUUCAACAGCACAAUGACUUGAUUCAUCAAACGACUCGAUCAAACGUAAACAUAAAUCGUAUUAAACAUUUGUAUAUUUGAAUCGAAUCCAUAGAUUUUCCGGUUACCUUAAACUGUUACUAAUAAUAAUUUGUAGAAACGCAAUGAGUUACUAAGCCAAAAUCUUUAUCCUAACACGCCUUUAGGUUAGUUCUCGUAAUUGUGGUUAAUUACACACAGUAACAGAGUGUUUGUGUAUAAAUUGUUUCAAAGUUGAAUGAUUAACGUUCCGGCUAGUCAUGGUGAUGUCUAACAAAAUAACUAAGACCCAAAUCAGGCAGCAAGUGUAUGGCUAUGAUUUUGUGAGAGAUUGUUACGCGAUUCGACGAAAUUAUGACUACGUAAGACUUUAGUGACGAAUUUACUGUGAAUCAUUACCAAUUGUUAUUCUUUUAAAAUAUUUUGGCGGUUCUAAAUUGUUGUUUUGUCUCAUUGACAAAAGUAAAUUUGAUGUUAUUUUGUAUUAUUUAUUUAAGUUAUAUUUAUAUUUAAGUUAAAUAUUGUAAAUUAACAAAAAAUAGUGAUGUAAGUAAUUAAAAUAAAGACUUGAAACCAAAAUACUGUUCA